AUGUCUGAGGCAAAAGCUGGUUCUUCUCCCACCAAGGUCGCCACCUCGAAGUGGACCGCCGAGGAUAACACCGACCUUGUCUUCACCAUCCUGUGCCAGGUUAAUCCCGAGCUCGCCAUCAAGGGUUGGAAGGAGAUAGUCGAGGCCUUUGGCAAGGUCCACGGCGACAAGUAUUCGAUGUCCGCUGCCAAGCAGCAGUUUCAGAAGCUCCGCGACGCCUACAUCGCCAGCUACGGUGCGUCCACCACUGCCUCGGGUGACGCCACUGCUCCGGGUCCGAAGCCUAAAGCCGGCGCCGCUCGCAAGCGAGCUUCUCCCGUUGCUGCUGGCAGCGCUGGCGAGGAUGGUAUGCAUAACGCCAACAACGACGAUGGCGCCGGACUCGCGACCGAGCCGGCAGCUGCCGCUGCGAAGCCGCGCAAGCGCCGCGCCCCCCAGAAGUCCAAGGCCAAGGUCGACGGGGGAGAGGAGCACGAGGCUGGCGAGGCGGAGCAGGACAAGCCCGAGCCCAAGCCCAAGCGCACCCGCAAGCCCAAGGCAGUCAAGCCCGAUCCCGAAGUUGCCCUCGAGGCCCAUGGCGAGGGAGCCGUGGAGGUUCACGGCAUCAACGGCCAUGAGCCUGAGGGCAUGGAGGUCGACGAUGCCUAA